AUGGACGACAAUCAACCAACGCCAACCGACUUGAAGCAGGAGACCUCAGAUGCGGCUGAAGUCACCGGCGCCGCAGUGGUCGAACCCACAACUGUAGACGCUACGGAGCCGACUUCUCAAGAAGCUGGCUCCCCAAGCAAUGCAAAUGAUACAACAUCUGCUAAUCCUCCAGACGCGCCCAAGUCUCCACCAGCAAAGACCGAGGGAAGCGGCGAGCAAGAGGAUGCCGAGAUGGGUGGAGUAGACGACGAUGCCAAAGCAGAAGAAGCAGAUGCUGAGAAAGACAAUAUGGAGGACGCUCAAGGGACACCGGCCGCGACCAAUGCCGAAGAGAAUCAAUCGGCACAGGCAAAGUCGAAUCUCGAAGCUGCGGCCAACGCACAUCUAGUAGCGCAGACUCACCAGAUCAUUCUCCCGAGCUACAGCACUUGGUUUGACAUGCAGACAAUCCACGCCAUUGAAAAGAAGUCACUGCCAGAGUUCUUCAAUGGCCGGAAUCGAAGCAAGACACCCGCCGUAUACAAAGACUACCGAGAUUUCAUGAUCAACACCUACCGCUUGAACCCAGUCGAAUACCUCACAGUGACCGCAUGUCGGAGAAAUUUGGCUGGCGACGUGUGCGCAAUUAUGCGAGUACAUGCCUUCUUGGAGCAAUGGGGUCUGAUCAACUAUCAGGUUGAUCCACAAACUCGUCCAGCCAACAUUGGACCACCGUUUACCGGACACUUUAGAGUCACAGCUGAUACACCGAGAGGACUUCAGCCAUUCCAGCCCGCUCUGAGCACUUUCGCCGCCCCUGGAAAGCCACAUCCUUCAACCGAUCGGGCAAAAUCAGCCACCCCAGCGGCUAAGGCAGACUUGAACCUGGAACUCCGCCGUAAUGUGUAUGACGAGAAAGGGAAGGAGAUUAAGACGAGCGAAGAGCCAGCGGACAAACAGACAAACGGCAGCAGUGCCACGGCAAAUGGCACCAGCUCGGAUGACGCUGCUACUGCCGCCAUCAAAGCAAUGGAAUCGGCUGCAAAGGAACCGAUGAAGACCUUCAACUGCUAUUCUUGUGGUAUUGACUGCACCAGAUGUCGUUUUCACUAUGCCAAGUCCGAUCCUGCCCCGGGCGGCACAAACACCGCCGAGGCCAAGUACGAUUUAUGUCCGAACUGUUACUUCCAAGCAAGAAUGCCCAGCAACCACCGUUCUUCAGACUUCGUCAAAAUGGAGGAGCCCGCCUAUUCGCCCAUUCCCGACAAAGAUGCACCCUGGACGGAUUCGGAGAUUCUCUUGCUCCUGGAAGCGUUAGAGACUUUUGAUGAUGACUGGAAUAAGAUUGCAAAACACGUCGGCACAAGAACGCGAGAAGAGUGUGUUCUCAAAUUCUUGCAGCUCGACAUUCAAGAUCAAUACCUGGAGGAUUCGGCAUUGAAUGGGUCGGCGAUGAGGCUUCUCAGUGGCCGGACUCCAAUCAGCCAACUGGAGAACCCGGUCAUGUCAGUGAUCAGUUUUCUUGCUCAGAUGGCGGACCCUAGUAUCGUUGCUGCUGCAUCAGGUCGAUCUAUUGCGGCGAUGCAGAAAGAAUUACGGAAGCAGCUUGAGAAAGGCAUGGGUGGAGUCGAGCAGGCCACCAAAGAGAAGGAGAAGGAGAAUGUCAAGUCCGAGGACACGAUGGAAGUGGAUGAGAAUACGGCUGAACAGCCCUCCGCGGCUGGCAAGGGUGCCGAUGUCAUCAGCGAUAUCGCCACAACGGCCAUGGCCACGACCGCCGCUCGGGCGAGCGCUCUGGCCUCUCACGAGGAAAGAGAGAUGACUCGACUGGUUGGAGCGGCCGUCAACCUGACUUUGCAGAAGUUUGAGCUCAAGAUGGCCCAGUUCGCCGAAAUAGAAGAGAUUGUUCAGGCGGAGCGGAGAGAUCUGGAGAAGGGCCGCGAGCAAUUAUUCCUGGACCGACUCUCCUUCCGGAAGCGAAUGAAGGAGAUGCUGCAAACUUUCCAACAAGCAAGUCUGAAAGGCGCAGAAGAAGGCACCCGGAUGAUGCAGGACUCCAUGAACGCCAACGCCGGACAACGAUUCGGGUUCCAGACACCCGAAAAAGAUGCCACUGAAGCAUCGGUGAAUGUGAUGACUGCUGGCGAAGGAAAAGGCGUCGAGCUCUAG